UUGCCCAGACUUCGCCUGCAGGUUGAACUCCGCCUGGGACGGACGGGCGGUGGGGUCGCUCAGUGGCAGAUAUGAGACUGGAUGAAAACCUCGGGGGGCGCAGAAGCUUUAUCUUGUUUUAAUCUAUGUUUUUUUAUCCUUCGACUUCAUCGGGAGCUCUUUUGUUGCAGCUAGCGAGCGACACGAUAGCUACUUCCGGAAAACAACCUUCAUACACAGAAAAUCAGGAUGAAGACCAGGAGAUAACACUAUGACUAUGGAUCUGUACUUUGCUGUUUAAUUGCGUUCAGCUUCAAAAAAUAAAGACGUAAACAUCUGAAACCCAUCAGCGUGAGCUUCUGUGGAGAUAAGAGGAAGCUGAUCUUCCCCUGAUACAGGUUUGGGCUGAGCUUCCACAGAAGAUGGCUGCAACAGAAACCAAAGUCACCAGCAGCGCUGCAGGUCUGUCCUGGGCUCGCGUAUGUAAAGAUUGUGGCCAACCGCAUGAGGGUCAGGACACUCACCUGUACGAGUACCAAAAUGAGGUGGACGAUGAGUUGGUUUGUCACAUUUGCCUACAGCCCCUCCUCAGACCCAUGGAUACUCCAUGUGGGCACACGUACUGUUUUCACUGUCUCAGCAACUUCCUGAAGGAGCAGGACUUUUGCCCUGUGGAUCGCCAGCGUCUACAGCUGAAGCAGUGUCGACCUUCCAGCCUGCUGGUGAGGAACCUGCUGGACAAACUGGUCGUGACGUGCCCUCACUAUGCAGUGUGCCAGCAGGAGAUGCAGCGUUGUGAGCUGCAGCCUCAUCUGCACAACAGAUGUCCUGUUUUUAAGAGGCUGAGGGAAGAAGCAGAGAAGAGGAAGAGGCCCUCCUGGAAUGAAAUAAAAGGACGUAAGGUUGACGGAGAGUCAUCUGGAGAUGCAAAACAUUCAGCUACGCUGUCUGGAAAUUUCACCAGGGAUCAGUCUGAGCCUGGUCUGAUAAAUCCUGCUUAUGAGGAAAUCGAGGAUGACAACACGCCCCUGCGGUCCAGUCUGGUGGCCGAGGCCAACGUGGUGGAGCUGUUCAGAGACGAACCCCAGGAGGAGUUGGGCCUCCGCAUUGUCGGAGGAAAAGAUACACCACUGGGAAACAUAGUGGUCCAGGAGGUUAUCCGGGACUCGAUAGCCUCUCGUGAUGGCAGACUGGCUCCAGGGGACCAUAUCUUAGAGGUGAAUGACGUCAACUUGGCAGCAGUUCCUCACUCUCGCGCCAUUGCAAUGUUGGAGCAGCCCUCCCUCCUCAGGCUCACUGUCAUGCAGGAGAAAGGCUUCAAAAUAAGGGACCAACGGUCCGAUCAUCACCCUUCCACCUCCACCGCCUCCCAACCCUCUCUUAGUCCUCAGGGGAACAGUCCAUCUGAUCACAACCCCGGGAAAGUCCUGCAUGUCAUGCUGACAAAGACGCACCGCACAGAACCGCUCGGCAUCAAACUUAUCAGGAAGUCCGAUGAGAGCGGCGUUUUUAUCCUGGACCUAUUGCCUGGUGGUUUGGCAGCCCUAGAUGGAAAACUGAGUAAUAAUGAUAAAGUUUUGGCCAUAAACGGACAAGAUCUGAUGCAUGGUACACCUGAGAGCGCUGCCCUGAUCAUACAGAACAGUGAAAAGUGUGUGAACUUUGCCGUAUUGAGACCUCCAGAGGAAGGAGGAAGCAGCAGAGAGGGACAACACAGCAGAGGAGUGAGAAGGGCCCCUGAGCCGCAGUACUUCAGACGGCAGACCACCUACUUGAAGGACCCACCAGGUGGCUUUUUUUGUCAGGAGAAGACUGUGAGCCUGAAGAAGGAGCCUCGAACUUCUCUGGGCAUCACCAUAGCCGGGGGGAGGGACUGUCGAAGCAGGCUGCCCGUUUACAUCACGAGUGUGCAGCCUGUUGGCUGUCUGCACAGAGACGGCACCAUCAAAAGAGGUGAUGUUCUGCUUAGCAUCAAUGGCGUCGAUCUGACGCAGCUGACCUACAAUGAGGCCGUCUCUGUACUGAAGGCCCAAACGGCUCAGUCCCAGGUGGUCCUGCGUGUUUUCCAGACCCUGUCUGAGAGCACAGAGGAGGACAUGGAGACCGGCACCGGUGACGAUUUUGACCACCUGGACGACCAACGAGACGAGACCCGGAGCUGGAUGCCACUGUGGACACACUGGUUGGGGUUACCGAGUCACAUGCACUGGUGCAGGGACAUCGUCCUGCAGAAGACCAACAACGAGAGCUGGGGCUUCAGCAUCGUCGGGGGCUACGAGGAGAGCCAUGGGCAGCAGCCUUUCUUCAUUAAAACUAUCGUGCCUGGUACGCCCGCUCAUUUCGACGGCCGCCUAAAGUGCGGCGAUGAGAUUGUGGCGGUGAACGGAGCUACGACGGUAGGAAUGAACAACUCCUCGCUCAUCCCCAUGCUCAAGCUGCAGAAGAACAAAGUCACCCUGACUGUGGUGUCCUGGCCGGGUAGUCUAGUGUAACAAAACAAACUUUCUCUUUCUGUGUCCAGAUGAGCACACGCAAGUAGCCCUGUUCGGCUGCAUUCCUUUCAUCAAACUCAAUCUCUUUUGUUCAUUUUAUACAGAACAUUGUACAUAAUAACUGUCACAGGGACAGUCCAGUGUGAUGAAGAUGUUUAGGGACAUCUGUAGAAAAUGGUCGGAACAUUAAGGUGAAUAAAAGAUUUAUGUGAAAUUUAGAGUCAAUACAGACUGGAAGGAUUCAGUUUUUAUGGUUCAUUCUUUGUUAAUUCAGUCUCCAGCAUCAGUUACUACAUUUAGGAUCCUGAUUAUAGACCAAUACCAAACUAAUGAACAGUCUGUGGUUAUUCAGUCUAAAAUUAAUGGUCUCUUGAAAAUCAUGUAAAAUAUUACUGUUAUAAUCUGAAUCAAAUCUGAUUGAAAUCUACAGUGUUUUAGGUAUUUUGGAGCAAUAAAUGUUCACUUUAAAAUGAGCAGGAAACGAUACAAAGCAUAGUAGUGUUAAUGUAAAAAUAUGCUUCACAUACAGAAGAUUACACUAGAUUUGGAUUAGAAAACAAGUUUAUUCAUUAUUUUAGGCUGUCAUUUUCACCCUGAUGCAUUCAGGAACAAUACGGUUCCAGUUCUUAAACAUUGUUUUUCUUUUCAUGAAUAAUAAUUGCCCCUAAUUCUAGCUUGAGACGUUUAUUUUUAAAUGUAAUUUUGUUCUUUGCAUUCAAGCCCCCAUUUUAUCACUGUAUUUAUUUCCAGGUUCUACAUAGUGUGUGCCUUCGAGGUUUUGAAGGACAAAACAGAGUAACUGCCUUAAACUCUCCAUCAAAAUGUGUGAAUACAUGCUGUUUAUAGGAAUUUAAAGUGGCCUUGCUUUCAUCCUAACGGGUGCAGUUAUUGAACAACAAAGUGGCUUUUUGAAAUAUACACCAAGUAAUGUGUAAAUAACCCCGUUCAGUUUAAUUUUGUUCAAUAAAAUCAUAUCAAUCAA